CUCGCUAAAGACCUUCUGCACCCCUCCCCCGAGGAGGAAAAGAGGAAGCACAAGAAGAAGCGCCUGGUGCAGAGCCCCAACUCCUACUUCAUGGACGUCAAGUGCCCGGGAUGCUACAAGAUCACCACCGUGUUCAGCCACGCCCAGACCCGUGGUGUUGUGUGUCGGCUGCUCCACCGUCCUCUGCCAGCCCACCGGGGGGAAGGCCCGACUGACAGAGGGUGA